AUGUCAAAUCGCAAGUCUCGUAAACGUCGCCGGACGGAGGCCUUCCAGGACGAGGGCCAGGACGAGGCCGUCCAGUCAAUAUCUCUCGAAACUGGACCAGCUGAUGCUAGCGCUGAGCAACAAGAACCUCUUUCCGUAGAGAUAGACAAUCAGCAGGACAAGACAGACGUGGCAGAGCAAGAGUGUGUUGAUGCGGUCGAGGUCAUAUCAGACCCAGAGAGGAUACAGAAAGAACAGGAGAUAUGGGAUGUCAUUCGGGAGGAGCAGUAUGCUGUUCUCGAGCAAUUGCCGUUGUCGCUGCACCGUUCUUUCACGCUGAUGCAAGAGUUGGAUCAGCAAGUGCAUAGGCACGAAGAACAAUUACAGGCUGGUCUACGGCAAUACUCAAUCAUGCGAAAAGAGCUCGCACGCAUUGUGAAUUCCGUUCCCGACACCCAGGCUGUCGAAUCGAACGAUGAAGAGAAGACAAACGUCGCGCAGCCUGGCCCUGAAGAUAGCUCUCUCGCGAGGGAGGACCAUACGUUGCUGCCUGACGCGCAGCCAGGAGAGAAUGGGCACGCAGAACAAGCACCCGAGAACGCUAGUCCUGGGCGAGCUGCAUCUUCCGUCCACUCCGAACCUGAGCCUGCCCAGAGCCGGGGAUCAUCGAGACGCCUGCUUGUGCAGGUUGGACAACUCGCCGACGAAGUCGAGCGCGCCGCGAAUGAGAAGGUCAAUGUCGCUCGGUAUGCGCAUGACUUGAUCGACCGAUACAUUCGCGAUCUCGAUCGCGCCAUUAAGGAGCAGGAGACCUCUAUCUCUCUGGGCCUACGUCCUGGGGCGUACCCGGCGUCCAUCAUGCUGCCGGAGGUUGUCGCACCCUCAGGCCUCCGUGCUCGCGUCGUGCCAGAGCCUUUGGCUGAAGAACCCGUUGUGGAGGCGCCAGCAGCGCCUGAGGAGGCGGCGGCGGCGGCGGCGGACACGGGCGAGACGACGCUGGGAAUAGUCUCUGAGGAAGCAGCCGCGCCGACACAUGGUUCCCCUGUGCGUCCUCAGCGCAGGAGGCGCCGUCCACCGCGCAUCACGAUGAAGAAGAAGGUGCCGAAACUACUGGAUCUCAUCGAAUUCGUUCCCGUGGACAUGGAAGUGCCGAGUGGAGGAUCAGGUCUCAAGCUGACGGUGCCGCCGCUCGCGGCAGUGAUUGCGGCGAAUGACCCCCCAAUCGACCCGAACGAAGAGCGAUGGUGUUUCUGCAACCAGGUAUCCUUCGGGGUGAUGGUCGCCUGCGACAACGAGAACUGUACCCUCCAAUGGUUUCAUCUUGGAUGUGUCGGCCUGACAGAAGCGCCAGCGGACGAUGAGAAGUGGUACUGUCGAGAUUGUGCCCCGCUUAUGGUUGCUUCCUCGCCGAAAUUGCGCAUGCACCGUGUACUGAUCUCUGUUCCGUUUAACCUAAGUACAUACUCAUCAUAUGAUCUCCUGGAAGGCAGGCAUGCAAGUGGUGCCGCGUCUCAAGAUGCUGAGGAGUCUACGUUCGAAAUGCUCUAUAUCGCAGAAGAUAGGCCCACGCAAACGAGUCGCAUCUUAUGCGUGUUUGAGUAUUUGCCUUGUUCAAUGAUCCUUCGCUUGUCGUAUCAAACUGGCCGAGUUAGCCCGCCUUGGUUUGAUGAUGCACUUAAAUGGCUUGGGAUGCCUGCGAAUACACUGUUUAAGACAUUGUCAACCUUGUGGGGAGGUACUUGCCUGAUGCUAUGCUCAGGAAACUCGAGGUCUAGCGGUAUCUCCUUCCCUGAUCCAUCCACGGCAGGCGUUAUCUUGAACGCGUAG